CCAGCUCCUCUAUAUACAGAACCAGCUCCUCUAUAUACAGAACCAGCUCCUCUAUAUACAGAACCAGCUCCUCUAUAUACAGAACCAGCUCCUCUAUAUACAGAACCAGCUCCUCUAUAUACAGUUCCUGCCCCCCUAUAUACAGAAGCUAUGGAUUCUCAGGCCAUGAUAGAUUAUAUCAGGAGUUUCAGGCUGGAUUCCUGUCGCCAUGGUAAUCAGGGAUACUCCCGGGUUCUCCUCCAGCUCUUCGGUUACACCGGUCAUGGGAAAUCGUCCUUCAUCAACUCCUGUAAGUACGUGAUGGAUGACGGUCCAUACAAGGUCUAUGCUAAGGUGGCCAGGUCAGAUGAUAAACCUGAGACCAUGAUAAGAAAUACGUAUGAGCUGACCGAUACCGUCACCAUGGUGGACAACCGAGGAUGUGUGAAGAUGAAUAAGGACGAGACCGGGGAGAUCUACGCUCAGCUGGGUAACUUUCUCCCUCUGGACUGUGAGGUGAAAUGGCACUCCGGGUUUAAGGACAUGAACCAGAUCCUGCUGUCUGCGGACUUAAUGGACCAAUCUGCAGACUUCAUAGUUCCUGUGCUGGUCUACAGUGCACAGAAACAGAUCGCUCCCGCAGAAGAAGGCGAGCUGAGAGAACUUGUCAAAAAGGUCAAAAACAUCACAGGUCUCUUCCCCACCGUGGUCAUCACCCAUAAGCUGAGUGAACAUCUACGAGACACUGAGGAGAAGUUCAGGAUGACGGGAGCGGAGAACAUGUUCCCUGUGGAGAAUUAUACAGAACAAGAUCAUCUGAAAACCCGGGGGAAACACGAGGGGCUCCUGAAGUGUCUGUACGAGAUCAUCAGAGAUGUGGAGUUCAGGAUGAGAGAGAGAAGAGAUCCCCUCAAAGAGAAGAUCGAGAGGAAGAGAAUCCUAUAUGAAUUUGCCCAUAACAGAGAAAUGGAGAAAGUGCAGGAAAUAGCGAACAGCGAGCGCGCCAGGAGGGAAGAGUUGGAGAGAAAGAUUGGGGAGGCAAGAAAACACCCAUAUUUUCAUUAUUUAUGUACUUAUUUUAAUUAAAGAUUUGUAAA